AGCGCUCACGGAAGUCGCCUUAUACGCCGGCAUUUACGGUAGUUUAUUAUGUCACAUACAUGUUGGCAUGUAUUUUUUUAUUGUCACAUUGUGUUAUGUUAAACAUGCUUUUCUGUGUAUCUUUCAAUUUCUAUACUAUUUUUGCAUUCCCGUACAACUGUCACAACCAUUUGUCAGCACAGGUAGUAAACUAUUUCUUCUUUAAGAGGUUGGUGUGUUCUACUGAAUACAGUAUUAAUUUAUCCAAAUAUUUUCUAACCUACUUAAGUUUGGUUCAGACUUUCUUCUAGGUAAUCUAGAUGUAGCUUUUGACUUUUUCAGUUUCUGGUUAUCAGAUUAGUGGGGAAGAAAUGGAAUUAGUUACUAAAUAUGUCUUCUUAAACUUAUUUUUCAAGCCUAAUAAUUUGUCAUUAAAUUCAGUUAUCUUUGAAGGUUUUCACCAUUGUAGGAGAAAGAGACAAUAUUGUCACCAGCAAAACAUAUUAAGGUAUGUUAGGGUAAUUAAGGUAUUCACCACUUAUCUUUAUUUCUACCUUGGACCACUUCACCUUUUUGAAUGUCUACAAUUUGUAGUAAAGUAUAACACACAUAAGCACGCACACACAAACCAAUCCAUUUGCCUUUUGAAGAAAAAAACACAUUUGAGACAUUCCUUAGUAGUUUAGACAAAUGGAUGAAAACAAGUCCUUCAAAAUGCGAAGAAAUAUAAAUCAGUCUAGCAGAUAAUUUUUAAAAACUGCUUAUUGAAGGAUAAAAUCAGAAUAAAGAAGAGCAUAAUUAUAAAACGUAUUAGGCCAAGUUAGAUUUCGUUCCUGAGAUAAACAACUCUAGCUGUUUACUCAAGAUUACCGACUGAACAGAAUCUUGUGCAUUGGUCUUGGUUAGUUUAGUAAAUAAAAAAUGAUGCAGUAACUGCAAUAUUCCUAGAAAAAAAACAACGAGUUGUUUUUUUUUUAAAGGGGGAAACAAUUAGCUACCUCCCGUUUGCUCCCUUGGUUUGCUGAGGCUCCUCUUAUAGUGAGACGAGCAAUCCAAGGAGGAGGGAACGUGCUCCACGCGCUGCCAACACGCGAGCUUUGCUAGCCACUCGGGUCUAGGAAUGAGGCGGUGCCACGUAGCGACGCGAGGAAUGGAAGCGGAGGGGGGGGGGAAGAUAGGGAUAAACAGCCUAUCGGUGGGUCAAUCUCCCGCUCUUCAGGGUUGAACCGCCUUUUCGCUGAAGGCUGCUAUGUUUUCGAAGUCGGUGGUUAGGACACAUAGACCAAAUACCGUAAAGUCACGCUCCAAACUAAACGUUUUUGCAGGAAGGCGGCUGGUGGUCAGGCCUUGUUUUUCUAUCCCAAGAAAACUUGGCUGCGCCCCUCUUCCCGUGGCCUGGCUCCUCCCUUUGCUAAGCAGUGAAGGGGCUGGGAAUUCUUUCUCUCCACCCGCGCCCCCACCAUCCCCCUCUCCACGGUUGCAGUUUGGGGAAGCCGGGAUUUCAGCCGAAAUUGCUCUUGAAUGUUCUCCUCGUUGCGCUUACUUUUCGCCAUGGAUAUGCCGAGAAUGCCGCCGACCCAGAGGCGGCGACACCGCUGCUGCUCGCCCCUGCUCCUUGCCUUGCGAGUUAGUUGCGUAGCAUGCCAGGCUCCGCCGGUGCCGGCUGGGGAGACCCACUGGGAUGGAAAAGACGUGUUGAUCGAGCGCAAGUAUGUGCCGGGCAAGUGCCCGCGCACUGUUUUUUCCGGCGACUUCGUACGUUACCAUUACCAUGGUACUUUGUCCGACGGCAAGAAAUUCGAUUCCAGCUAUGACAGGGGCUCUACAUUCAAUGUUUUUGUGGGGAAAAAUCAGCUUAUUGCUGGGAUGGAGAAGGCUCUGCUUGGUAUGUGUGUAAAUGAAAGGCGAUUUGUAAAGAUUCCACCCCAUCUUGGAUAUGGAAAUGAAGGAGUUUCCAGUGUAAUUCCUGCAAAUUCAGUUCUGAAUUUUGAUGUCCUUCUGGUUGAUGUUUGGAAUUCUGAAGACCAAGUUGAAAUUCAGACAUAUUACAAGCCAGAAAAUUGUUCAAGGACAAUUCAGGUGUCCGAUUUUAUAAGAUACCAUUAUAAUGGAACAUUUUUGGAUGGAACACUAUUUGACUCAAGUCACAAUCGAAUGCGAACAUAUGAUACCUAUGUAGGAAUUGGGUGGUUGAUCCCUGGAAUGGACAAAGGUCUUCUUGGAAUGUGUGUAGGAGAAAAGCGCAUAAUCACAGUACCACCCUUCUUGGCAUAUGGAGAAGAUGGAGAUGGGAAAGAAAUACCUGGUCAAGCUUCUCUUGUCUUUGAUGUAGCUCUUCUAGAUCUACACAAUCCUAAAGACAGGAUUAAUGUAGAUAAACUAUAUGUGCCAAAGUCCUGUGAACGUCAAACCCAAAUUGGGGAUUUCCUCAGGUAUCACUAUAAUGGUACUCUUCUUGAUGGAACAUUGUUUGAUUCCAGUUACUCACGAAAUCGAACCUAUGACACCUACAUUGGCAAAGGUUAUGUGAUUGCUGGGAUAGAUGAAGGUUUGCUUGGAGCAUGUGUUGGAGAGAAAAGGAGAAUAAUAAUACCACCUCAUCUUGGAUAUGGAGAAGAGGGAAGAGGAAACAUUCCAGGAUCAGCUGUGUUGGUAUUUGAAGUUCAUGUGAUAGAUUUUCACAACCCUUCAGAUUCAGUUGCUGUUACAGCCUAUUACAAACCUACUAACUGUUCAGUGCUAAGCAAGAAAGGCGAUUACUUGAAGUAUCAUUACAAUGCUUCUCUCCUAGAUGGCACUUUAUUAGACUCAACGGUUAGGCUUGGGAAAACAUAUAAUAUAGUUCUAGGUUCUGGACAAGUUGUACUGGGGAUGGAUAUAGGUCUUAGAAAUAUGUGUGUGGGAGAAAAAAGAAGAAUUGUUAUUCCCCCUCACUUUGGUUAUGGAGAAGCUGGAGUUGAAGGAGAAGUGCCUGGAAGUGCUGUGUUACUGUUUGACAUUGAGCUGCUUGAUUUAGUAUCUGGCUUACCAGAGGGCUAUAUGUUUGUGUGGCAUGAUGAAGUAUCGCCAAACCUCUUUGAAGAAAUAGACAAGGAUAACAAUGGAGAAAUUCUUCUAGAAGAAUUCAAUAAAUAUAUCCAUGAUCAAGUCAACUCUGGCAAAGGAAAGCUAGCCCCUGGUUACAAUUCUGAAACAAUUGUGAAAAAUAUGUUCAACAAUCAGGACCGAAAUGGAGAUGGCAAGAUUACUUCUGAAGAAUUCAAACUGAAAGACCAGGAGCCACAGGGACAUGAUGAACUGUAACUUAGUUGGUUUAAAAAAAAAUUUAUGAGCCAAACUGCUGUUAGUGUGUAUAUACCAUAGAAAUGAUUUGAAAUCCCUGUGCACACUUAAAAAGGAUGUGGAAAUGAACAUGUCUUUGUGUUAAUUAAAAUACAAUAGGGUGUAAAAUUAAGAUUUUUUAAUGACAUUUAUAUUAAAAAUGCAAGUUGCCUUAAAACCAUUGUAAUGGGUUUUUUUAAAUAUGCAACCCACUCUAGUGACAUAUUCAGCUUUUUUUCAGAGAUGUGAAUUUUCUGGAAAAAAACUGGAACAUUUUCAUAUGCAAAUUAAUAUGAUUCACAUUUGUGUACUUUUUUCAAUAUUUAUAAUGGGCUGCAUGAUUUGAGGUGAAAAAAAUGGCCUAAGCUUGAACAUUAUUCCAGAAACAAAAAUAUGUGGAAAAGCCUGAGAUCACGUUAUUUGAGUUAAUGGGGCUUCAUCAAUUUCUUGUCUUAUUUUCUGCAAAUGCUUUUUAUUUGUUCAGGACAUUUUCUACACUGUGAUGUUUCUUUGACUUCAUGGCAUUUUUGGCACACUUUUUGCCUGCAAUACUUAAUGCUUGCCAAUUUUCUUAUUGUACUGUCUUAUAUCUUUUUUAGAUUAGCCAUUGUGAUUUCUAGUUGAAAUGGGGAACAAAUAGAUCAUCAAGGCCAUCUACUAAGGCCAGAAGCAAAAGUACAUGCAAAAUUGUCUGUGACUCCCUCCUGUCUGUUUACACAGAAAGUAGGACAAUGGAGUCCUUGCUGCUCUUUAAACUUUGUUGCUUGCAGAUAUUUCAUUACCCAACUAGGUAACAUUAUUACUGUUGGGGGGGGGCGUGUUCUCUUUGAUUAUAUGCAGUAGCUUGCCCUGCCAGUGUUAAUGGAGAUACAGGGCAAAUGACAGUAUAUACUUGUAAACAGGAGUAAAAACCCUUCCUCUACACACUAAUACUAAUGAUGUUAUCUAGUUGGGUAAUGAAAUGUCCGCAAGCAAACAAACUCAGAGAACAUCAAAGAUUCCACAGUUCAACCCACAUUUUUGAAGAUUUGAUACAAGGUACAAACUAAACUAAUUAAAACCAUGCCUUUUGCCCUGGAUUGUUACUUUCUGGUGGUAUACCACACUAUAACAGUUAAUGGGAAUAGAUCCUGAAAAAAAUGAAGAUAAAUUAUUUGGAAAUCUGUACAUUUUUAAAAUCAGUAUUUGGUGCAUUGGCAUUAGAAGCUUAUGCUUCCUUAAGAAUUGAAUUAUUCUGGUAAUGAAUUACUUCCCUUCCUCCUAAGUGAUGAAUUUUUAUCAUUUUAAACCAGAUAUAGGCAGCCUGCAGCCUUAGCUUGUUUUGCACCUAGCCAUAGCUUUCUGGAAGUAUUCCCAUUCUGCUUGUAUUGCCACCUCCACAGCAAUCAUUAAAAUAAGGUUACACUACUGCUUAGAUCAUGUCUAUAUUAGCAACUGCUUUGAGAGUCUUCUGUGUUUAGUUGUAGAGAAAAGUUAGAACUCUUAAGACUAGAGCUAUGGUGUUGGCUGCUUUGUUUUACCAAAGCAAUAAUCACGUGAUUUAAAUAGUAAGGAAUAAAUUGGCUGUUCUCUGCUAUCAGCAGUAGAGAAAUAAAAAAAACCUUGCACGUAAACUCAACAAAAUCUGGUGAAAAUAGGAUGGAUGUCAAUGAAGCUCUGCUUUUCCACUGCAAAGAAGAAUGACCCAUGCAAUAAAGGUUGCAUAAAUCAUGCUUCUACUGUAUGAAGCUGUUGAUCAAUGGUUCAGUUUUUCAUUGAAUAGUUAAAAAUGCGUGUUUGUCUUUUAUAUAUUUUAGGAAAAAGAAAUAAAAAUGAAUUAUUAAAAUAUGCAUGAAGGUGUUGAUUGCACCUGGGUAACUUAAUAUAGUCAAUCCAUCCAACUCUUCAAAAGUAUUUGAAGUGAAUUUCAGUUCAUGCUUUGUCAAUAAAAUAUUUUAAGUUAAAUAAUAAACAAAUUAGGAUAAAAAGUUAUUAAAGAAGGGAAGAACGUAAGGCCACUACCACUAGUAGAAAAUGUGUAAGUAUCUUCCCCAGGAUAAUGGGACCCAUAAUUUUAGAAAGGGGCUCAUUUUACAGCACUCCUUUUGAAAUAGUUUUAUAACAAGUACAAUUGCAUGGGUUUUCUGUGCUAUUAACACUAAUACCACGUUCUGUCAAAUGCAAUACAUUCUGGUAUCAUUAAAUAAAAUACUGACAAGGA